UUGGCAAGCAUGAGUUAACUGGGCAUAAAGUUGCAGUGAAGAUCCUGAAUCGACAGAAGAUUCGCAGCCUUGAUGUUGUAGGAAAAAUCCGCAGGGAGAUUCAGAACCUCAAGCUCUUCAGGCAUCCUCAUAUAAUUAAGCUGUACCAGGUCAUCAGUACACCAACUGACAUUUUCAUGGUGAUGGAGUAUGUUUCAGGAGGAGAACUGUUUGAUUAUAUCUGUAAAAAUGGAAGGCUUGAUGAGAAGGAAAGUAGACGUCUGUUCCAGCAAAUCCUUUCUGGUGUGGAUUAUUGUCACAGGCAUAUGGUAGUACAUAGAGAUCUGAAGCCUGAAAACGUGCUGCUUGAUGCACACAUGAAUGCCAAGAUAGCUGACUUUGGCCUAUCAAACAUGAUGUCAGAUGGAGAAUUCUUACGGACAAGCUGUGGUUCCCCUAACUAUGCUGCACCAGAAGUAAUUUCAGGAAGAUUAUAUGCAGGUCCAGAAGUGGAUAUUUGGAGCAGUGGUGUUAUUCUCUAUGCUUUAUUAUGUGGAACCCUUCCAUUUGAUGAUGAUCACGUGCCAACCCUUUUUAAGAAGAUAUGUGAUGGUAUCUUUUAUACCCCUCAGUACCUGAAUCCAUCAGUAAUUAGUCUUUUGAAGCACAUGCUGCAAGUGGAUCCCAUGAAGAGAGCAACAAUCAGAGACAUUAGGUAAAACAUGAACUGGUAUCUGAUCACA